CAAAGUUUCCGCCGCACCAAACAUUGUAGGGGAAAAGAAACAAAAAGCCUGUCUUGGAAAAAGCUAGUGUUCGUCCGUCUGUUCCGAGUUGGUGUGGAAUCUAACACCAGUUUAUUGUGGAAUUAUGGCACAUAAUGAAACACAUCCCUUUUUGGAGAUACUAAAAUCAUUUAAUCUUGGUGAUAUGAUUCUAGCCUUCUGUUUGUCCAUGCUUGUGGGUCUGCUGCUGGGUGCUUUGGUCUAUGUUCUGUUGACCUGGGCGACCAGGCGCCGGGCCACCGCCAAGAUCACCAGGCGCACUAAAAAGAGAACUGGCACCUCACAAAGAAACGACCCCAUGAGCUGCCAGAUGGGCCUCUACAGGAGCACUUUUCUGAGUGUCUACCGGCAGCCCUCUUUGGAGCCAGUGGGCCCUCUGGGGAGCAAGCCCGGCUUCGAGACCUCCACCUUUCGCCCAUUGCCAAAGAGAAGCAGGGCUGGCCUGGACAUGGGAGAGGACACUCAGGUCACCAUGCCAGAGGACACAGCAGCUUCCAACUCGUUGGAUUCAGUGUCCCUUGUGUCGAACAAGAGACAUUCCUUCUGGCUGGGCAGCAAUGGACUUAAAGGUUUCCUCCCCUCACAGACUCCUCCUCCUGAAUACAACAGUGUCAUCCAUGCCUUUGAAGAGACGUGCACCUGAAUACGCCUGCAUAAGCAUGACAAGACCUGACAAAGGAGAGUAAUGUGGGAUUACACGGGACUCUCUGCCUGCGUUGUGUUCUUUAUGAGGGACAGUGUCCUCUGCAUAUUGAGAGAUCAGACCUCCUCUGAUGCUUUUCAGUCUAAAGCAGUGUGCUCUUAAGUGUUCGAGAUGCUUCCACUGCCAUCAAGCCUCAGCUCUGUAUUAAUCAAUACAGUGGAGGUGCAACUAACAAUAAUUUUCCAAAUAAUUGACAAAAUAAGGAGUCAUUUUGUAUUGAACUCAACAAUAUUCAAUUUACUGUGAAAUCAUGAAUGAAUGACAGUCCUGGAGAAUACUGAACAAGCAAGCGCUUGGCAUUUUUUGAUUAAUCGACCAAUCAAUGCACUUUUAUACAGUUAUUUGUGACCACUGCAGAGCAUGUCAUGACCCAUGAUGUGGUUGGCCAGCUGAGAGACACAGGUGGAAAAGAAAAUCUGAGGGUGUAUUUUACUCUGAUCGUUUGAAGAUGAGGGGAAACAUGGUGUGCUAGAUUUUUAUAUUAAAUAAUAUCACAAUAAAAGAUUUCAUGAAGA